ACCAACAAUGUUUAAGAAACUAAAAUAAAGUUUAGUCCAGCACUCAGUUGAGGAACUUUGGAACGAACUCGUCCCAGCCGAGUGAACACAGCGUAACUCACGCAUCCAUAUACAAAUCCAAGCGAAAGUACAGUCAUACAUGCUAAAGACAGAUCUCAGAUUCUGAGACACAGAGAGAGAAAUGGCAACGACAUCAUCUUCAACCGAAGAAUCAUCAUCGAGUAAGAAGAAGAAGAAGGAAGGUUUGGGUUGGAUAGAGUGGUUACGUGGCUGGUUCUACCUGAUCUACGAGAUGCUCUUUCAGCGCAUCAUGGCAAGCCACUUGCACAAUCCCAUGCCACUUCCACCCAUUAAUGAUCUCACUUGCAUUGUUACUGGCUCAACCAGUGGCAUUGGCCUCGAAAUCGCAAGGCAAUUGGCACAGUCAGGGGCCCAUGUUGUCAUGGCAGUGAGGAACACAAAGGCGGCUCAGGAAUUGAUCCAGAAGUGGCAGAUUGACUCUGAAGGAUUGAGUAUUCCCCUCAAUGUUGAGGUGAUGCAAGUUGAUCUUCUCUCAUUGGAUUCCGUUGCAAGGUUUGCUCAAGCAUGGAAUGCACGCUCAGCACCCUUGCAUGUUCUCAUUAAUAAUGCUGGAAUUUUUUCCAUCGGAGAGCCACAAAGGUUUUCCAUAGAUGGUUAUGAACAACACUUGCAAGUGAAUCACCUUGCUCCUGCCUUGCUUUCAAUACUUCUUUUGCCAUCCCUUAUUAAGGGUUCACCUAGUCGCAUUGUUAAUGUGAAUUCCAUUAUGCAUCAUGUUGGCUUUAUAGACCCUGAAGACAUGAAUGUCACAUCCGAAAAAAAGAAAUUUUCAAGUAUGGUGGGGUACUCAAACAGCAAGUUAGCAGAGGUUAUGUUUAGUAGUGUUCUUAAUAAACGACUCCCUGCUGAAGCUGGCAUCAGUGUAAUGUGUGUAUCACCCGGAAUUGUUCAGACCAAUGUUGCAAGAGAUCUUCCAAAAAUUGUUCAAGCUGCAUAUCACUUGAUACCUUACUUCAUCUUUAGUGCUCAAGAAGGUUCAAGGAGUACUCUAUUUGCUGCCACUGAUCCUCAAGUUCCAGAAUAUUGUGAAAUGUUGAAAGCAGAUGAGUGGCCCGUUUGCGCCUAUAUUUCUCAAGAUUGUCGUCCAGCAAAUCCAUCGGAAGAAGCGCACAACAUUCAAACAUCGUAUGAAGUGUGGGAGAAGACAUUAGAGAUGAUUGGCCUUCCCUCAGAUGCUGUGGAGAGGCUUAUAGAGGGGGAAGAAGUUAAAUGUCGUUAUGGACAAGAACAGUAAUCUAAUUUACAAUGAUGAAUGCAAAACACUUGAGUCGCUGAAGAGUCCUCACAUGAGCACCCUCUAACAUAACGUACAAGGGCACUUCCAUUAUUUAUGACAAGUAAUGAGCAUUUCAUUUGAAUCUGUUGGAGAAGAACCCUUCUAUACACUUUGGAUAAAAUAUGUACAUCCAUUUUGAUCAUAUUUAUGUACUCUAAUGCCACCUUCUUUUGACCUAAGUUUUGCUGACAUUUUGAUGAUCAUCCAUAGGAGUAAGAACUAAAAGCACCAUGUUGUAAUAGUUAUUUUGACCCAUGCCAAAAGGUGACUGUCCUAAUUAAGUAAAAAUGGGUUUCAACAUUAGUUUUGCUUUCAAUUUUGGAAUGUUAUCAUGCAGUUCAUUACUUUCUUUGGGUGGAUUCUUCACGUAUUUGUGAGGCCUAGAUUAUUAUAUGGUCAGGUUCUUUCUUAUGCUUCGUAAUGUUGUUCUCAAGAAUUUUGUC